ACAGAAUGGAACUCUUCUGGUGGGAAAGAGUGACUCGACUUUAUGAAUCCCACUUGAUUGUUUAGGAGCCGAGGGGCAGGCACAAGGAAGGCUGCAGUGCUAUACUGGGAUUUAGGCCGCUGAGUGUGAUAUUUGGACCUCCGGCUCUCUAGGCAACAACAAUCGCCCACAUUGGCCUCAACAGCAAGCGCGGCUACGACGACGACAACAUCGAUCUUACAACGAGACAUUGCAGAUCAGCAUGUCGCGUAACGAGCAAAGCAAAAAUCAGAGCGCAUUCUUUUUUCUUUUCGCGUUACGGUAAUUACUCGAGCGUGUCUUCUCUGUUCACACAAAGUUACUGUGUACACACCAUCAAUAUGCCUCGUAAGACUCUGGGAACCCCGGAGAAACACCGCGUUUCUUCAGAGAGUCCUCGCAGUCCUUCCUUCGUGCGCAGUCUACGAAAUGCUGGCUCUCCGUCAACAUCACCAUCAAGAAGUGCUACUCGAAGUCCACGACCAGGUAGCUUGGCUCAAGCCAUAGCUCCGCCGGCGCGAGCAGCACUCUCUCCUUGUCCUUCUCCCGAUGCCCUCGGUAGUAGCACAAGCACGCCGCGCGGGACUAGAUUCAUGGUUACGGAGGGAGGUACCACUACAAAUACAAACACAACUACAGCUACAACAGACCCCUCCAGCUCCAGUUCAAGCAUGAGAACCUCGCCCUCACCCAUACCCGCACUAAGAUCAACAACACCUACACCCACAACAACCGAGGACCUCCUCAAGCAAAAAGACGACCGCAUAGCCCACCUCGAGCUCUCGUACCAACGGACCCUCGACGCUCUCACCAACGCCUCCUCCUCGCUCUCCUCUUUCUCCUCGCUGACAUCCACCACCGCCCACGAGCUACGCCUUCUACGGCUGGAAGCCGACGCCCUCCGCACCGAACGCGACGAGCUCCGCUCCGACUGGAACGCCGCCCAGCAGAGCUUGCGCGAGCGCGAGGACGAGAUCCGCGACCUGCGACGGCAGAUGCGCGGGCUGAAGGAGUGGGUGAGCAAUAGCACGCGGGCGGAAGCGACAGGGGCGGCGCAGCAGGUUAGUGAUGAGGUGCUUGGGGCCGCCAUGGCGAAGCUUGGAAAUGAGUUGCAAAAUUGGGUCUUGGUGAAUUUCAGGAGGGCCAAGGUCAAGACUGAAGGGUUGGAGGGGGUGCGGAUGGAGGAGUUGGAGAAGGUGGUGCCCAUGUUUGAGGAGAUAUUAGGCAUGGGUGGCAAAAUACACUUGAUACAGAGUGUGGUGUCGAGGCUGUUGGUGGAGAUGGUAUUUCGGGCUUAUUUUGUUGGCUUGACCGGGAAGCAGGAGCGGGUGGUUAGGGAGACAGAGGAAAUGCUUGGGGCAAUCGUAUCAACACCCGAGUCUAUCAACCAGUGGCGCGCCUUGACUCUUUCCAUCCUGAAACGGGAAGCCGACCAGAAGCUACAAGCCGAGACAGCCGCCAUUAUCGACGCCUUCGUCAACAAAACCAAUAAUCUACUAGGUGAUAUCACGGAAGUCGAUACCAAAGCUAUUGAGGCACGGAAUCAGGGGCUGAGACAUCUUGUCAACGGCGCGAUCGACAUGUCACGGCUUCUCGUCGUCCAGAAAGCCAUAUUCAAGGUCAACAUGCCUGAGAUUCUGCCACAUCAACGAGUGCUUUUCGAUGCAGCCACGAUGGAAGACAUCGGUGGCGAGGACGAGGAGAACUUGUCGGAUAGGGAAAUCUGCUGCGUCACGUUUCCAGGCAUCAUCAAACAGGGUGACGAAAGCGGUGGGCAGCUCCAAUGGACCAAUGUCAUCACCAAAGCCAGGGUGCUUUGCAGCCCGGAAGUGUGAAGCAAUGCUCCAACGACCGAUUCGAUAAUUUUAAGCGAUCUUCCUGUCUGCCACUUUGUGGUUGACGAGCUUGCGGUCCCAGAUGAAACGAGCUAAAGUUCGCGAACGAAUCCGGCAACAAGAUCAACAGAUUAACAACUCCUGCUCGGUGCCAUUACUGGCCGCGGUAUAAUGUUCUUCAUAUGUCGAUUAUUGGUUCUGGAAGGGACGUUGUGCAGGAGUUAUUUCCGCGGCCCGGAACGAAGCGGUUACCCACCACCAAUUCGGCACGUUGAUGAGUUGAUGCCCAACGUACCGAAGCCGACAGCCUAACUACAUGGGGAAGAAAUGCAAGCCCCGCGCCGUGGCGAGAGUUUUCGUGUCGGGCACGAGCCGGCUAUCUGGGGAAGAACCUCGCAUCUCUUGGAGCUCGGAGAGAAUCACGUCACACCUCAAUCAACUCCCUCUCAACUCAAGGCCAUGUGGACGUCUCGCCCCCCAAAAGACGUGUCAGGUUAUGCAGCGACUAUCCCUACCGAAAAAACAACUGACGGAAGUCCCAGGAUGAGGAACGCCAUAAGUCUGUGAGAUGUUCCUCUUCUCCGUAAGCAUCUGCCACUCAAGGACAGCAAUAGCACCGCGUGUCCAUCCGCAUGAACAUGGAUUGAAGACACGCAGGAGACAUCUUCCACGCAUGAAGAGGAGAACUGUGAUAACUGACGCACCAAUCAUCAUUUUGUCAGAGGAUGGGACUUUCAGCUUCAUCAUUUGAUUUGGGCUAGCGGAGCCUCAAUAUCCUUUUUUUCGCGCUACCAAAUGCCCCUUAAGGCUAGCAACUGGCAUGGUUGGUGAUGCAAAAGCCAGAUGGUGGUUACUGAUUAUCACCAGGGGAUCGCCAUUUCGGCGCCGUGACAUGCAACCCAGCUCUUCCGGGAAGCCCACGUCUUCCGAAUUCUUUGCGGUCUUCUUGGCAUGACUACAUACCAUUUCGCUUUACCCAUUUCCCACCCAUCCUUUUGUCUCUCUGCAUCUCCGGGAGCUGACCCGGAGCUGAUCCCGUCCCCCACCGUGCACCCCUGCUUGUCAAAAGAAGAAGAGGGUGGUCAGAAGGGUAUCGGAAUACGUUCUUCUUCGCAGUUCAUGUGAAAGAUAUUCCUACGAUGAAACCUUCUUCACCGGGUGAGCUGUUGGCCUAUACCAAUUGAUACCAAGCAAGGUUGUGAAGGAUUGACUAAAGAGAUGGCUGGAUUUCAACCUUUCCGCAUAUGCGACGUUUCUCGAUAGGCAUUAUCCAUCUUAGCUUGGGAUUGACCGAUGCCAAACAAAGUGGUCAUCAGGAAUCCGCAACACCGAGCCAUGGGUCACAAGCACAUCUAUGCGAGUUGAAGAUGCAAGCACUUAGACUCUCCUGGCGAAGAUGCUUACCCAACGCACUGGAUAGCUUCGCGAUUGGAUUGACUAACUAUCUUCACAUGUUGGCUUUUUCUAUUCUCAACACGGAUUGGCUGGUAAGCCGGAUAUGCAAGCCGACUGAAAGGUGCCACGUAGAUAUCUGUACGUGCUCCAGAUGCAAAGGCGUGAUCUCUUGUCGCAUAUCUCUGGCUUCCUCUGGGGAUAGGGGUUCUGUGAACCCAUCGCAGAACAUUCCAUAUAGAGGUUCACGACGUAGGUACGCUGCCACGUGUUCCACGAUCCGAAGAUGCGGCAAAGACAACAAUGAGGGGGGAAAGGGAAGGGAAGAUACCCUGCCGAGCGAAUAUGAACAUCACUCGUGGAAUCCAAUUGAAGAGUCAACCAAACGAAAACGUACCAAAGGGGUUUUACACCCGCGUGGAGUUAUGGGUACUUUGGAUAUGGCUGAUAG